AUGGCCAGCUGCGUCGCGCCGCGCUGCAGACACGCAGCGAGCACGCUCGGCUCCUCCGCCGCGUUAGGCCGCAGGGCCGCCCGCGUGCUCUCGGCACCGCGAUGUGCUGCGAGCACCUUGGCAGACGCAGGCGCGGCGGCGGAGACGGCGGAGGCGCCGGGCGGCGGCGGCGCGGCUGGCGUCAAGAAGCGGGUGCUCUCGGGCGUGCAGCCCACCGGAGUCUUGCACCUCGGCAACUACCUCGGCGCGAUCCGGCAGUGGGUCGCCAACCAGGAGUCAUAUGACAACUUCUUCUGCGUGGUGGACUCGCACGCGAUCACGCAGCCGCACGACCCGAAGGAGCUCUCGCAGGCCACCUACCGGACCGCGGCCCUCUACCUCGCGGCUGGCAUCGACCCCAAGCGCUCAAACAUCUUUGUCCAGUCGCACGUCUCUGCGCACUCCGAGCUGAUGCACUCUCCACCUGGGAGGCGGGCGGCGCGGCUCCUCGCACCUCUCCACCGGUGGAUGCUCAACUGCGCCACGCCGAUGGGCUGGCUCGAGAAGAUGAUCCAGUACAAGGAGAAGUCGCAGCGCGCCGCCAACGCAAAGAGCGUCUCGGUCGGCCUCUUCGACUACCCAGUGCUGAUGGCAGCGGACAUCCUGCUCUACCAGGCGCAGCUCGUCCCUGUGGGCGAUGACCAGCGGCAGCACCUCGAGCUCACGCGCGACAUCGCCCGCCGCUUCAACGACAAGUACGCCAAGAAGAAGAAGCGCAAGGUCUUCGUCGAGCCGGAGGCGCUCAUCGUCAAGUCAAACGCGCGCGUGAUGAGCCUGCAGGACGGGACCGCAAAGAUGUCAAAGUCGGACGCAAACGACCUCUCGCGCAUCAACCUCCUCGACAGCCCGGACGAGAUCCGGAGGAAGAUCAAAAAGUGCAAGACGGACUCGAUCAAGGGGAUCGGCUACUCGCCCGACCGGCCGGAGGCGAACAACCUGCUGGGCAUCUACGAGGCGAUGACGGGCAAGAGCAAGGAGGAGGUGGAGGCGGAGGCCGCCACCUGGGUUGGCUGGGGCACCUUCAAGCCGCUGCUCGCCGACGCGCUGAUUGCGCACCUCGAGCCGCUGCAGGCGCGGUACGCGGAGCUGGUCGCCGAGCCGGAGUACCUCGCCUCGGUGCUGCGGGAGGGCGCCGAGGCGGCGGACGAGACGGCGAGCCGCACGCUCGCCGACGCGAAGCGGGCGAUGGGCUUCACGCUGCCGGGCGAGACGCCCAAGUUUUGAGGAGGCGGAGGCGGGCGGUGCUGCGGCCGGGGCCUGGCCCAGAGUGAAGAGGCUCUCACCAAAGAAUUCUUAAAAUACAAGC